ACGGUUGUCUCUCGCUCACGCCUGUUUGGGCUUGUUGUGUGAAAAAAGGUGGGGCCAUGCCAAACCCGACCGCCCCCCCAGUUAAUCUCAAUCGUUUUCCACACACGCCGUAGUAGUGUAGACCAGUGCAAGAAUGCGUGUAAAAGUGUGCGGGGCGGAUUAAUUGAGGACAGAGUUCAGCACCUUUUAGCGUUUUAACGCUGCGUUGACAAGAAACAAGAAGGACUGCGAGGAACAGACGCGUCCCUCUUAAGCCGCACCAGGAGCUAUUUACACCGCGCUUCCUGACCACCACUAGAGUCCUGGACGUCUUUCUACAAGAAGGAAUAUCUGCUGCUCUUUGAGGGGAAAGAAAAAUAAUAAUAAUUUCUAUGGGGCUGUUUUUGGUUCGUCUCUUCUGACAGGAAGUAACGACGCCACACAUCACUCCUUGCGUGCGGCGAUUAAACUCUGUCUCUGCGGUACGCGCCAUCCAUCUCAACAUGGACCGCCUGCUGAGCGGCACCGCCGAAGGGGCCCUUCGGUUACUACGGACGCCAGCGAUUCACAGAUGACGCCAUCUUAAAUUGCCCUCGCACAAAGAAGCCAUGCGUCCUUUGCUCUGUAUCAGCGUGUUUUGGUUCCUCCCUCUCGCCUCCACGCUGGAUGAUGACGCGCCCAAGGAUUGCAUCCCCCGCAGAUAUGUGCCCUAUCACAGCAACGACACUCGGCUCUUUCGCGAGGAGGGGGUGUCCAACUACACCAUCAUGCUGCUGCAAGAGGACACCAAGCUGCUGUUGCUGGGCGCCCGGGAGGCGCUCUUCGCUCUUGACCUUGAGGACAUUUCAAAGAAACAGGCCUCUGUGAAAUGGGAGGCGACUCAACAGCAAGAGUAUGACUGUAAAAACAAAGGAAAAGAUCUUGUAAGCGAGUGCAAGAACUAUAUCAAGAUACUGCACAAGAAAGAGGAUAACAGGAUGUACGUGUGCGGAACCAAUGCUUUUGAUCCAGAGUGUGAUUACAUGUCCUACGCAAAUGGGAAACUGACUCUGGCGAAGACGGCUGAAGACGGGAAAGGCAAAUGUCCAUUUGAUCCUUACCAAAGACAUGCCUCCAUCAUGGUUGACGAUAACUUGUACUCGGCUACGUCAAUGAACUUCCUGGGCUCGGAAUUGGUCUUAAUGCGCAGCUCUCCUCCCAUUCGCACUGAGAUUAAAACAUCCUGGCUCAAUGAGCCCAACUUUAUCUCCCUGGCUCAGUUGCCAAAAAGCGACUGGGGCGACGAUGACAAGGUCUACUUGUUUUUCAGCGAGACGGCAGUCGAGUACGACUGCUACAAGAAACCGGUGGUGGUUUCCCGCGUAGCCCGUGUUUGCAAGGGAGACAUGGGAGGUCGGCGGACCUUGCAGAGAAAGUGGACAUCCUUCCUGAAAGCCAGGCUGGAAUGUCCUGUCCUAGGCUCGCAACUGCCCAACAUCAUCCAGAAUACGUACCGCUGGUGUGACCCCCAGAAGCACUGGACCGGUUGCUUAUUCUACGCCAUCUUCACCCUGCAGUCCGACACGUCCGACCUGUCUGCGGUGUGCGCGUACAGCGUAUUUGACAUCGACCGAGUGUUUGCAGAGGGGCAGUUCAAGACUCUGGUCCCUGUCGAAACCUCCUUUAUUUGGGUGGCGUAUAGUGGGGAGGUGCCCGACCCUCGACCCGGAUCUUGUCAAACUCAAUCCCUGGACCUCCCAGACCAAACCCUUCACUUCAUCAGAGAUAGGCCCCUCAUGGAGGACAUAAUUCAGCCGAUAGGCGAGAAACCUCUGCUGGAGAGACGGGGAGCCGCCUUUACGUGCAUCGUUGUGCACCAAGUGGAGGCAGCGGAUGGCCAGAAGUUCCAUGUGAUGUUCAUAGGCACAGAGGAUGGCACCCUUCUGAAAGCAGUAAACUACGUCGGCGAGAUGUUCAUCAUUGAGCAGAUUCAGCUCUUCCAGUCCCCCGAGGCCAUUAAGGUCCUAAGGUUUUCCGACGUCACGGGACAGCUAUACGCAGGAUCCGACUACGGAGUUGUCCAGGUGCCUCUUGCCACCUGCGGGAGAUCCUUGUCCUGUUUGGACUGUAUUCUGGCAAGAGAUCCCUACUGUGGCUGGGACGCGGAUGCUGGGAGUUGCGUCGCCAUUUCCAGUACACAGAGGCAACUGAUCCAGAGCGUGACGGACGGAAACGCUUCUCUCUGCCCGCCGGCGGAUCCCAUACAUGUUGUGAAUCAGUGGUUCAUGCCUGGCGGGAGCGUGAAGCUAGCCUGCCCGUCAUCGUCAAAGCUAGCAACGACCAAAUGGGAAGUCAACGGUCGCCUCGUGGCCUCUUCGCCUCGCCACGAGAUCCUCCAAGACGAACUCCUCAUCCUCAACGUCUCAGACUCCGACGCGGGCCGCUACCGCUGCCUGUCGGUGGAGCGCUCCAAAGUUGACGAGUACACCGCCACCGUGGCGGAGUAUCAGCUCAGUCUGAAAGGUGAACCCAGAUUACCUCAGGCUCAGAGGAACGGCUCCUCUACGGUGGGACUGCAGGUUGUCAUCGGGCUUCUGGUUGUCUCUCUCGUGGCCCUUUUGGCCUGGAAUUUUUACAACGGCCACCUACCUCUGCCCUGGAACUGCAACAAAAAGCAGAGUGCUAAAUCUUAUGAGUCAAAUGGCCAGGAGGACCCAGGUCCACUGUGAAAGCCACCAAGAUGCACCGGGGUACGGCCGGCCGGAUAAGUCGCCGCUCGCCGGAAGUGAGCGCAGAAAGCCAAACGGUAUCCGCGCAGAGAUCUGCUUCCGUUUCCUGUCUGCAUUUUAUUGACACCGAGUUUGUAAUUUUAAGACAAUUGCAUACUCAGUGGGGGAGAAAUUGGAUCGUGUGAAUGUGACGUUUUAAGAGCUAAAAGGUCAAUAUGUUGGGCGGUUUCACAAAACACUUUUUCACUCGUUCACUCCCAAAGACGUUCUUAAAUGUCUUUUCAGACUUGGUCCAGAAUUGGCUGGUACUGAAUGAGUUAAUUCUUGUACAAAUCCAAAUUCCACUGAAGUUGGGAUGUAGUAAAAAAACAAAACAACCUAUUUUAUUCAUUCAUUCAUUCAUUCAUUCAUUCAUUCAUUCAUUUUCCGAACCGCUUUUUAUCCUCACUAGGGUCGCGGGGGGUGCCGGAGCCUAUCCCAGCUGUCUUCGGGCAGUAGGCAGGGGACACCCUGAACCGGCUGACAGCCAAUCGCAUCCCACCUAUUUUUUAUGAUACUGAUAUUAACCGAUAUGUAAGAUGCCGAUGUCAUGAAAUGUCCGACUGGAUUGCAAUGCGCGUCUUGUAUUUGUUCAAGGCACCAUACGAACGCGGUCUAAUUUGGCAGCUGGGUGAUUAAGUGCACAAGAGAAAAUCCGAUUGUUGCCGUCUUAACUUGUGCUCGGAUGUAUUUCUCACUGGCACUUAAAUCUUGAGGCUUUAAGCACAAAUAGCCAAGAGCCACGGCAUGUUUCCUUGAAAACGGAGGUCUUGUCAUUAUUCACACCGUGUAUUUUGUUUUGUUUCAGGGAAACAUUUUCAUUUUUUUUUCCCGAAAUGGUUUUUGUACUUCACCUGUCUUCAGUUUUUACCUCGACUCACCAAGAAUGUGGAAAAACAGAUGUGGCUGUUUUGUGUAGUACUCAAAUCUUGGCUGUCUCGACUUGGUCACUCAUCCCAAAUGAUGCCCACUCGAUUUUGUCAUCUUGUCAAUGUUUUUAUUUGUUCAUGAUGUUCUUGGUUGCCCGGUGGUUGUUUAUAAAGUAGCGUUUUCUUUCACAAGAUAUCCUAAAACCACACACUAAAAGGUGUGUUAACACAACAA